AUGGUCAAGGCAUUUGGAUUCUUGGCAACGGCUGUUCUGGCCUUGUCGAGCUUCUCUCUGCGCGUCAAAGCAGAUUGCGAAUGUGGCUAUUUGGAUCCGUCCACAAACCACCUUUGGACCGAUGCUUCCUUCUCCUACUUCAACGAGUCUGGUCUCGAUGACAUUGUUAUGAACCCUGUCAUUUCUCCCAAGACCGAGGGUGGCAUGCCCGCUGGUGACACCGGCACAGGCCAACAGACCUGGUCCGCUGUCGGCAAUCACAUCAACAAGUACGAGGAGUCGUUUGGCGCAACCUUCCUCAGUGCUAUCAGCUACAACAACACCUACAUCGACAACCGUACAGAGGGUCUUGCAAUGGAGGUUUCCCCUGCUAACCAAAAGAGGCACAUCGUCAACGGCUCAAGCCUCGUCACGCGACGUCGCGAUAUCCUCUAUGGCUCCUUCCGUGCCAGCAUCAAGCCCCCUUUCAUCGACCUCGCCCCCGGCUUUGACCACGGCUACGGUUCCGGUUUGAAGUUCUCCGUCGCGUACAACGACUCGGAGCGCAUGCACAUCGACAUCAUGACGCACGACUACAUGUACAACUCGACGCUCGACUGGGGCUUUGCCGCUGCUCGAUGGAACGAUGACCCGCUCAAGACCAACCUCACAUACGUCCAGAACUUCACCCUGACCAACUCCACCGCUUUCCUUGAGCAUCGCAUGGAGUGGCUCAACUCGACCGUUGUUCAGUUCAAAAACAACGCCGAGAACAACUCGGUCAGCUUCAAAGAAUACGUCAAGGGCCAGAACGCAAUCAACCUUCCUACCACUCCGGCACCCGUCUCGCUUGAGGUGUGGGCGAACGGUGAACCGUCGGCUUCACAGGGUCCUCCCAUGUACGAGCCGAAUGUUGCACGUGUCAUGUACACGCGCUUCUUCUUCAACUCGUCGCGCCUCGAGCGUCACGAUCAGUUCGUCUCGCAAUGUGCUGCUGCUGCCGCGUCCUCCAGGGCGGUCUGCAGUACCGAGGAUCAGACCUUGCGAUCCAGCACCCCCUUCGACCUUGAUGCCGUCGUUCAGUACAAACUGAAGAAGGGCAAGUUCCACGUUCCCAUCUGGGCUGCCAUCAUCGAGAUCUUCUUCCUGCUCCUUCUCGCUGUCACCGUCGCUCACGGUCUCUACAUUCGUAAGAUCAAGGACGCUGAGAAGAAGCGUAAGGCCGCCAAGCUCGCCCUUGCAGAGGAGCAGCAGAAGCAGGCUGCUCUCGAGCAGUACGACGAGAUUGACGAACUCACCGACUCACCCCGAUCCAAGGCGGCCGCCGACUUUGAGAAGCCGUACAAGCAGAUCUGGGCCGUUCCCGAGCUGAUGGACGACUGGGGAUCCGAUGAUGAGAGCGACGUCGACGAGGACGACGCACGCUUCUGGGAAUCGGUCGACGUCCUCCGCAGUCCGGAUUACAAGGAAGACCGCGACGCCAACCAGCCCGGCUUGCCUCACUUCCACGAUUCCACCGCCAUGAAGCCUUCGACUAGCAGCGAGAGCCUCGAGUCGAUCGAGACUCUCAACGCCAAGGCCGCUCCUGGUGGCAGCUCGCCUCCUCGCUCUAACAGCCGUGCUAGCAGCAUCAACCGCGUCCCGGUCCCUUCCUCGAACCAAUUCCAGCUGGUGAACCGUCCCGCGUUCCCCCGCGAGAACUCCAAUUUCCGUCAGCAGAUGGCUGCCAACCGAAUGCACCGUAACAGCCCUUACGGUGGUGGUGCCGCAAACAACGCCUCUGCCGUCGGCAGCAGCCCGCGCUUCGAUCAAUUCGACGAGACGCGCACCGAUGUCACCGAGCAGGCUAGCAGCUAUCCUCCCCAGCGACCCGAUUUGAGCCGAUUCGACUCCUACGAGUCCGACAUCCAGGUGCCUACCAACUCUCACGAUGCUGCUCGCACCCAGCGGUACCUCCAGGACAGCAGCAGCAACGUCAGCCUCCCUUACAUUGCUCCCAAGUACGCCGCUUCCGGCGGCCUUCAUUCGGCUGCCAACUCGACCGCCUCGUUGCUCAACUACAGCGGCACCGGCGGUGGCAACAAUAACAACGUCGGUGCCAGCCACGGUUACUCGUCUUCGGUCAACAUCAACUGGGACAACGAACCCAAGAUCAUUCAGUGGAACAAACGUAAGAGCAUGGGCGUCGACUUGGUCAUCGGUCAACUCGCUCAGCCCGCCAUGGGUGAUAAGAACGCUGCUCGUCGUCUGUCCACGGUUGUGCAUCCCGCGCCCAACGGUCACUCGUUCUUCACCGUCAUCUAUCAGAGGGUCUACAACUUCUUCUUCAUCUCGGGAGAUGGCAUGAAGACGGCUUCUGGUGACGCUCGUAUCGACUACCUGGACGGCAUGCGUGGUUUCGCCUGUCUGUUCGUCUCGCUCGGACACUUCAUCCUGAUGUUCUGGAACGCCAUGGCCAACUUCUACGGUCCCCACCACUACUACCACUUCGAGUACUGGAUCCGUGUCAUCUUCGGUCCCAUCGUCAUCAAUGCCGGUUUGGUUCUGGGUAUCUUCUUCUUGCUCCCUUCGCGUACCAUGGGAUCUCGAUACCUUGUCAAGGGUGGCAUCCAGUCCCUCGCCGACAACUCGGUCCGUCGUAUGCCUCGUCUCAUCAUCCCUGCCGCUGGCGCAGUUCUAGCCAACUAUAUGAUGAUUGACGUCGGCGCCUACAAGUGGGUUGCUCGCAUGAACUCGCUGACGUGGUCCACCUGGUCGUACUGGCAGAACUACGACAAUGCGCUCGACUUCAUCGACUCGUUCAUCGCUCUCUGGUGGGCUUCGCCUCCUGAUAACCCGGCUCUCGUCACCCGUUACGCUACCGGUGUGCUCUGGACCAUACCCGUCAUUGUCCAAGGUGCAUGGACGUGUAUGCUCUGCGCUGUGUUUGCGCACGAGAUCAAGACCACUUGGAAGCGAUUCUUCUUCUACUUCCUGUGCAUCUUGCUGUCGUGGUACGCACAGACGUGGGAUCUUUUCUUCAUGGCGGGUCUCGUCAUUGCCGAUCUCGACAUCAACCUCAAGUACCGCAAGUGGGGUGAGAUGGGUAUCCCUCUGCUGCCCAAAGGAUAUGCCAAGCUGUUGCGGAUCCCGGAACGCAUCCGUCAGAAGUUCGCGCUCAAGGGCAAGGUCAUCCCUUGGCUCUUCUUUGCCGCAUGCUGCGUUCAGGAAUGGCUCAUGUACAUUCCCAACGCUCCCGGUGCCGACUUUGACGUCAUGGACAUCGGCGUCCACCCCAACUUCUACAACAGCAAGCCCAACAAGUGGAACGACGACGUCGGUUACAAAUACCAACGUCCACGAACCUCGGCUUGGUUCUUCGUGAUGAGCAUCUUCAUCCUCGCAGACCACUCCGCGGCCUUCCGUCAACUGUUCCGUCUUCGAGUCUGGUCCUUCCUCGGCAAACACUCGAUGGCCUACUUCCUGCUCCACGGCAUCAUCUUCUGGACUUGGGGCUCCUGGCUGUGCGUCACCAUGCUCGUCCACGGCGUAAACUACUUUGCCACCAUCAUGGUCGUCUUCGUCACAAGCUACAUCCUCCUCACAAUCUUCUGCAUUGCUUUCACGUACACCUUCGAGUACUGGGGCAUCAUCGCUUCAAAGGCCUUCUGGCGUGCCACUUCCGGCAACCUCGGCCGUCGCGCAGGUGCUUGA